AUGGCGGACAAAGAAAUCUACUCUGCGACCUACAGCAAUGUUCCCGUCUAUGAGCUCAAGGUCGCCGGUGACCAUGUGAUGCGCCGCCGGUCUGACAAUUGGGUCAAUGCGACGCACAUACUGAAGAUUGCCGGUUUCGACAAGCCCGCGCGGACAAGAAUCCUCGAACGUGAGGUGCAGAAGGGUGUCCAUGAGAAGAUUCAAGGCGGAUAUGGAAAAUAUCAAGGCACAUGGGUUCCUCUGGCCGAAGGCCGGGCGCUGGCCGAGAAGCAUGGUGUUCUCGAUCGCACCGCCCCAAUAUUCGACUUCGUUCCAGGGGACCGCAGCCCUCCUCCCGCUCCCAAGCAUACCACCGCUGUAUCGAAUCGUCCAAAGCAGCCGAAACAGCCUGUUGCUCAACGAAAAGCGCCGACGCAGCCGAUUCCGCAUUAUCCCCCAGUGGACGGCUAUGAAACUGCCAGUGUCCAUUAUAAUGGGACAGAAAGCCGAGAGCAUUCGCCGGAGACCGCCUCAUUCAUGGCAGAGGAUGAUUUCCUUCCCCUUUCCCAAAAUUCCACGGCUUCGAGAAAGCGAAAGCGAGACUUGGAGGAAAUGGCUCCCACUACAUCAGACCUCGAACAUACCCUGUACGGCGACGAGCUACUGGAUUAUUUUGUGACCGCUGGUGACGACCCGGCUGCCUCCAACAUCCUGCCCCCAGAGCCACCGGCGAACUUCGAUGUUGACCGGCCGAUUGAUAAUCUGGGUAAUAAUGCUCUGCACUGGGCCUGUGCCAUGGGAGACAUUGCUGUUGCACGGGACCUCCUCGCACGCGGCGCAAAUCCUGCUGCUCAGAACAAGAGCUCGCUGGAGACUCCCUUGAUCCGGGCUGUUUUGUUCACCAACAACUACGACAAGAAGACCUUCCCCAAAAUCGUGCAGGCGUUGGCUGGAACAAUUGUGGAGCGAGACGUCUACGGUGCAACUGUCUUCCAUCAUAUCGCCGAGUCAGCGCGCUCCCGGGGCAAAUGGAGUUGUGCUCGGUACUAUUGCGAAGUCUUGAUAAACAAGAUGCACGAAAUGGGCUCAAACUACGUUCAAGCGCUCCUUACCUCCAUUGACCACAAUCACGACACCGCAGCACUGUGUGCUAUCCGCAACGGAUGUGUCAAAGUCGCAACAUUCCUCCUCAACCAUUGUCCUGAAGCCGGAGAUAUCCCGAAUCUCAAGGGAGAAACGGCCAACGAGUACCUGCGGGCACUUCGAGAGAAGAAAGAAAGCCUUCAGCAGCCAGGCUCUUCCCCACCACGUGCCGGAGAGUCUUUUGCGUUGAAGCAGUCUCGCCGUAAGCGACAGAAGGAAGCGCUGUCCCGCGCUGCGUCAUUGGUGCUCGACAAGAUCGUCCCUCUCAUGGACGCAGGCAGCUUCAAAUUGGCCGACAUGUACGAUGUGCAGAUGGCGGAGAAGGACACAGAAAUCACGGAAGCCAAGCAUGCACUGACCGAGCUCGAGAACCAGCGGCACAAGAUCCGACAAGAGACCUUCUCGCUGAUGGCGAAAGUCGAGGAUGUGUCCAAGAUCCCCAUGUUGAAACAGGAAUACGACGCAUGUCUGCGCGAGGUAGAGUCUCUCCUCGAACAGAGAGAGCACGCCACCCUACAGAAUGAGGUGUUCCAGCAAGACCAGCAGACGAGUCCCGAAGCGUUCCGUUUCCCCAAUACAUCGCCGUUGUCGCCUGAUGAAAUUCGUGUAGUGGUACCAUGGGCGAUUGAGCUCAACAACCAACAGAAUCUGCGCCGACAGUUGGUCAGAGACAUUGCCAAACUGAUGAGUGAUGCGGGUGCCAACGAAAAGGUGGGCAAGCACAGAAAGCUCGUGGCGAUUGCGACUGGGCUUAAGGAGGACGAACUGGACGGCAUGUCGGUCGAGUUGUUGGAAAGUUUGCAAGGAAACCAGGCUGGUAAGACACCGCAAACGCCUCCGCACGCUCCGGAUGAGGUUCAGGCAUGA